AGCCAGGAUGAUGUGGUGGCCAGGAAAAAAGCGAAACUGUCCGAUAAAAGUGCCACCAGAGUUGAGGAAGUUCUGGCGAGUGCGGCUGCUAAAAAGGUGAAAAAACUAGCCGCGAGUAGCAAGAAAAUGCUCGGCGCUCAUGUUAGCGCGGCUGGUGGUUUGGAGAAUGCUGUCUAUAAUGCGGCCGAGAUUGGAUGUCGUGCGUUUGCACUGUUCUUGAGGAAUCAACGCUCGUGGAACUCGAAACCCAUGGAAGAGGACACGGUGGAACGCUUCAAAACUGCAGUCAACGUAAGCUCUAUCGAAUAUUCUCCUUAA